CUUGUCUCCUUCAGGAUGUCCCAAGGCCACCCAAUGAUGUCCCAGGAUGUCCCAAAGCCACCCAAGGAUAUCCCAUGGAUGUCCCAAAGCCACCCCAGAGUUUCCCAGGAAGUCCCAAAGCCACCCAAGGAUGUCCCAGAGAUGUCCCAAGGCCACCCCAGAGUGUCCCAGGAUGUCCCAAGAUGUCCCAAAGCCACCAGGACCCUCCAGCUCCCCCCAUCCCCUCCCCCAUCACUCCAGGCUCCUCCAUCCCCCUCCCCCAUCUCCUCCCCAGGAUUGUCCCAGGUUCUCCCCAGGUUGUCCCUGGAGAAGAGGAAGAAUCUGUGGUGGCCACAUCUCAGGGGGGUUUGGAGAAGACAAUGGAGCGGUGACCAAGGGGAUCCAGACGUGGUUCUGGAGUCUCCAGGGGUUGGGGGACAAUGGGACACCAGAACGGUUCUUCUGGGGGGAGGGGAAGGGUGUGAAUUUGUGGUGGCCACAUCUCAGGGGGGUUUGUGGAGAACCAUGGGGACACUCUGGAACAGAUCCAGGUGCAGUUAUGGAGUCUCUGGGGUGGGAGGGACCCAUGGAGACCUCAAAAGUUCUUCUGGGCUGAGGGAAAGGGCGGGAAUUGGUGGUGGCCACAUCUCAGAGGGCUUUGUGGAGAACAAUGGGGACACUCUAGAAGGGAUCCAGAUGCAGUUAUGGAGUCUCUGGGGGCUCACAAACCCACGGAGACCCCAAAACUUCUCCCAGCAUUGUCCUGAGGUUCUCCCAGGUUGUCCCCAGGUUCUCCCAGGUUCUCCCAGGUUCUCCCCAGGCUCUCCCAGGAUUGUCCCCAGGUUGUCCCAGGUUCUCAGAUGCAGUUAUGGAGUCUCUGGGGGGUCCCAAACCCAUGGAGACCUCAAAAGUUCUUCUGGGGGGAGGGGAAGGGUGAGAAUUUGUGGUGGCCACAUCUCAAGGGGGUUUGUGGAGAACCAUGGGGACACUGUAGAAGGGAUCCAGAUGCAGUUAUGGGGUCUCUGGGGUGGGAGGAACCCACGGAGACCCCAAAACUUCUCCCAGCAUUGUCCUGAGGUUCUCCCAGGUCCUCCCAGGUUCUCAGGUGCAGUUAUGGAGUCUCUGGGGUGUCACAAAUUCAUGGAGACCUCAGAAGCUCUUCUGGGCUGAGGGGAAGGGUGAGAAUUUGUGGUGGCCACAUCUCAGGGGGGUUUGUGGAGAACCAUGGGGACACUGUAGAAGAGAUCCAGAUGCAGUUAUGGGGUCUCUGGGCUGUGAGGAAUCCAUGGAGACCCCAAAACUUCUCCCAGCAUUGUCCCUUAGGUUCUCCCCAGGUUCUCCCAGGUUGUCCCAGGUUCUCCCAGGUUCUCCCAGGUUCUACCACGUUCUCAGAUGCAGUUAUGGAGUCUCUGGGGGGUCCCAAACCCAUGGAGACC